AUGAAGAAGGGCCCUAGCGCCCAGGGCGAGAACCCCGACUUCACGGGCCGUGUCGCUCUUGUCACUGGUGGUGGUGCCGGUAUCGGCCGCGCCUACGCUCUGGCUUUCGCCAAGUACGGUGCCUCGCUUGUCAUCAACGACCUCGCCAACCCCGAUGACGUCGUCAACGAGAUCAAGGCGGCCGGUGGCAAGGCUGUCGGCGUCAAGGCCUCUGCCGAGGACGGUGAUGUGGUCGUCAAGGCGGCCAUCGACGCCUUUGGCCGUAUCGACAUCAUUAUCAACAAUGCCGGCAUCCUGCGCGACAAGGCUUUCAACAACAUGGACGACAGCCUGUGGGACCCCGUCCUGAACGUCCACCUUCGCGGUACCUACAAGGUCACCAAGGCCGCUUGGCCCUACUUCCUCAAGCAGAAGUAUGGCCGUGUCAUCAACACGACCUCGACAAGUGGCAUCUACGGCAACUUUGGACAGGCCAACUACGCCGCGGCGAAAUGCGGUAUUCUCGGCUUCUCCCGCGCCCUGGCCCUCGAGGGUGCCAAGUACAACAUCUACGUCAACACGAUUGCGCCCAACGCCGGCACAGCCAUGACGAGGACGAUCAUGCCCGAGGAGAUGGUGCAGGCUUUCAAGCCCGACUACAUCGCGCCCGUCGUGCUCGCGCUCUGCAGCGACAAGGUGCCCAAGAACCCGACCGGCGGCCUGUACGAGGUCGGCAGCGGCUGGGUCGGUCAGACGAGGUGGCAGCGAUCCGGCGGCCACGGGUUCCCCGUCGACGUGCCCCUGACGCCCGAGGCUGUCCUGCAGAAGUGGGACGCCAUCAGGAACUUUGACGACGGCCGUGCGGACCACCCGUCCAAGGCGCAGGAUGCCGUCCAGAAGGUCAUGGACAACAUGGCGAACAAGAGCAAGAAGGUAUGA